CAACAAUCGCAGAGGUACCUCGGAUUCAUGGCGUAAUAAACUGAACAGCUAUUCGGCCCCUCUGAUUAUUGGAUAUUGACAAUGGUGUUCUCGAAAUUAUAAAACAAUAAUGUAAAUUGAUUUAGGAGCAUUAGAUGGGGAAUUGUAUGCUAGAUUUAGACAAUGGAGCACGGAUAAUUUUGCCGAGGAAGUACUAGUCCGUUCCAACCGGAUGGAGAGAUACAGAGAGUCCCCUCCUCCAGGGGGCCCUCAUGUUAUUAAAACGGGUCCACGGAACCCACUAAGGGACUCGGGGUAUUUCGAUGAGUCCCUCCAUGUUUAUAACAGCAGCGAUGAUAACCUAGAUGAUGAUUUGUGGAAUGGAUCUGAUCGAGAUGCCGACGAUGAAAGAAAUAGCCCGAUCCGAAGAGCACAGAGCAUGGAGAGUAUGAGUGUUAGAUUGGAUAGUGGGUAUCAGACACCACAGAGCCUCCCAUCCCCAACAGGCCCGAAUGACGAAUCGCCAAAGAAACGCUCUCGUUCCACGUCUUACUUGAAUCGAUCAAACGGACCAAACGCCAGUUUUCGUAAUGAUAGUUCUGUUCCGACUAGGAGUCAUUCAAUGGGCCACCUCGAUUUCACACCUUAUGUUAGCGAUGUCAUCACAAUCGAUAGUGAUGUUCCUAACACAUACAAGACAUUCACCACACACCUUUGUCAUUUCUCCCACCUCGAUGUUAACACGGGAAAACUGCUGGACAUCGACGUUGAUAAUGAUAAUGCGUCUAUGAACGUCUCGACGGAUGAAAUUCAUCCCGAAGAUACAGUCUAUGGUACCAAGAUGAUAAGCUUCCCACAGACCGUGCAGCACGCAAGUUAUGCAAAGCCAAAGAGUAAAACCGAGCACAGUGUUGAAGUUGGGCCCAUGCGCCAUCACUCGUACGUCGUACAUCUCUUCCUCAACAAACGUAAAACCAUCGAGUUGGGACCCGAGGAGGACUGGGAGAUCGAGACUUCUCAGCAGACCACAACACAAAGGAGGGUUACUGAGGUAGUAGAAGAGGAAAUAAUGACCCAGCAGCCACCGGAAAUCGAGACCAAUGAAACAACAACCCAGACCAACAUUCAACAGGUAGUGACGAAUGUUCAAAUCAAGCCAGAUAUACAACGCGAAUCACAUGUUACAUAUCUACACAUGAACAAGAAACGCUUGGUAGAACUUGAAGUUGAACCUGUAAUAAAAGAACAAUUGAUACAACAAACCGUUGAAGAAACUGUUCAUCAGGAACAAGUUAAACCCGUAGUUGAUGCCGGGGUCCAGAUAAGCUGUUUCGCACACGUCUAUGGCAACACGGCUUGUCAAACUGAUGACGAUGCACCUUAUGUCGAAGCAGAAUCCAGUCAGACCGAAAAACCGAGUAUGAUAGAUCGCCUUGUCAACACCGAUCCUGAUCUAUUUGAAGAGUUCGUGAGCAAAUGGUACAAAUCUACGGAGGAGGUUACAACGACAGUUCAGAAGCCUGGUGCUGUGGCUAAUGGAACACAGACGAAUCAAAAACCAUUGACAAAUACCAACGUAAAUACAGAUGAUUCAAUGUUUAGUGAGUACAUAUUUGACGUUUUCCAAUCCUCUCUGCCGGUGACAGAGAACGCUGAUAUCCAAACUGUAGACACAACAAAGCCUCCAAGAAUGGUUGAUCAAGGCGUCAAUGUUACCAACGAGUCUAACAACGCCCAAUGCCAGACAUUGAAUAAAUCUACAACGAAUACGGAUAUGUCAACAGACAAUAAUAUGUUCGAGGAAUAUAUAAAACAAAACUUUGUUGCAGCUGCGGUUUCAAAAAUGACAAUAGCGUCUGCUCAAAAGGAACUAGCAUUACGCGAGCGAUUGAGAGAGCUCGAAAUGCGAACAGAGACUGUUGUUGAUGGACCCUCUGUUUCAAGUAUCGAAUGCCAAACAGAUCCUCUAGUUGAUAUGGAGGAAAAUGAAAUAAUUACCACAACAGAAACCACCACAACGGUCUCUAAGGAAGAACAAGAGGCGGAUGUACGUGCUCAAGCUUUAGAGUUGUUCGAACAAUACAAGGAGGAAUAUAGAUUGAGUAUGUUGCGUCCGAUGUCAGACGCCGAAGCGCAGUGUGAUGAAGAGAUUGAGGAUGAAGAGUGGAGACAUGAGGAGUGGACCGACACCCACACGCACUCCUUCUCUGAUCGCCAGACAACAGAAAAGGAGUUACUACAGUCUGCACUAGAUAACAGCCACGUUGACACGCUACUACAAAACUUGAUGGAGAAGGUAGUAACUACACAGACUCUAGUUGAGGGAGGGGAAACUGUUGUCGUUCGAGAUGCUGAGACCCAAACUAAAAUAGACCUGGCGACCUUUGACUACAGUGACUUUCCCAUACGUUCGCAGAUUAUUCGUGUCAAGGUGCCAUUGGUGGAUCACUUUGGUAGGCCGCAAACGCUUUACGUCAAUGAGCCAUACCGCCCCUACGAAAGCCUAAAAAACUACAAAUAUCAGUUCGGCCACCAUUAGAUCACAUCAACUUAACAACACCAUCACCAUCAUGCCACGCACCCCCAUUAGUUAUAAGAUGUGUAUGAUAGGGCUUUGUGCUUUCAGUGUGCUUAAUGCUUGCCAAACUGACAUUAGUGAUGAAAACCAUGACAACCCAGAUAGAAUAUGAAAACAUGUAUAUAACACUA